AAAAUGACCAUCUGGGAAAAGGUCAAGCACGAAGCCCACCACUACUGGGAGGGCACGAAGUUGCUCGGUCUGGAGAUAAAAAUCUCCUCCAGACUCUUGCUCAAGAUGACCGCCGGGUACGAGCUCACCAGAAGAGAGUACAGACAGUUGCAGAGAACCACCGCAGACGUGUUGAGACUCUUCCCUUUCGCCAUGUUCAUCGUCAUCCCCUUUGCCGAGUUGCUUCUCCCGGUGGCUCUCAAGCUCUUCCCAAACCUUCUUCCAUCCACCUACGAGUCCCAGGGCGACAAGGACAAGAAGCUCGCCCUGUUGAGAAACACAAGAUACAAGGUCGCCCAGGUUUUGACCAACUCCAAGCAGAUGGUCAAUGUCACCUCCACCUUGUCUGACGAACAGAUUGCAGACUUCAAGGACUUCCUCAUCAAGUUGAGAAACUCCAAGUCCUCCGAAAUCAAGCGUGACCAACUCUUGCGUGUCGCCAAGAUGUUCAAGGACGACUUGAUCCUAGACAACUCCCCCCGCGGUAUGUUGGUCGCCUUGGCCAAGUACAUCAAUUUGAGACCUUACGGUACCGACCAGAUCUUGCGUUACAGAAUUCGUCACAGAAUGCUGAAAAUCAAGGCCGACGACAGAUUGAUUGAAGACGACGGCGUUGACUCCUUGUCCAUCCCAGAACUUCAACAGGCAUGUGCAUCCCGUGGUAUCCGCAUGUUCAAUGCCACCCCGGGCCAGAUGCGCCAGUACCUUAACGAGUGGCUCGACAUGCGUCUCCACGAACAUAUCCCUUCGACCUUGAUGAUCUUUGUCAACGCCUACACUUACGGCGAUGUCGAAAGCUACCCUUCUACACACGAAGCCCUGAAGGCCGUUCUCAGCUCGUUGCCAGUUGAGGUGUACCAUGAACAAGAAUUACAAGUUGACAUGGACAAUGCCACCAUUGAGCAGAAGUUGAAGGUCUUAAAGGAGCAAGAACACUUGAUCCAGUCUGAAAACGUCCAAGAAAAGGACCACAAA